UUGGGGCUGGCGGGGCGUGUCCGGCUGUGGCAUGAGCACCGCUAUGGGAGACCCUGGCUUGGAAAGCGACUUUGCAGCCUUGGAUGGGGAAGGGCUGGAUGCUGGGUGGGUGCUGAUAGAGAAGAAUGGAAGAAUGACAGGUUCAGGUGAAUUAAGGAGGGAUGGUUGACUCAGUGGCUGAGACAUCAGAGACAGGUAUUCCCAGCCUCAGGCGCUGUCCUAAGCCCAGCAGGUACUGACCCUUGAUGGUCACCUCACCCUAUGAGGGAGCUGAGGCCUGGGGAACCCAAGGGGCUCGUCCAGGACCCAGAGCCAGGGGAAGGAGGAACCGGGUCUUAAACCCAGGCAGCUCACUCCAGAACCAACUCAACCUCUGUUACAGAAAAUGCCCCACCCCACCCAUUGACAGUUGGGGAAACUGAGGCCUCAGUAGGUGAAGGGCCUGACCCAAGCACCAAGGCACACAGACGCCCAGGCUUGACCCUGGCUCCAUACUCCCAUCCAGCCCCUGCCGCUGCCUCACCCCUCUGCUACCCUCGGGAGACUCUGCCCUCUGCAUCCCACCCCCAGGGGCUUGGGCAGGGGCUUGGGAGGAGAGGGUGACCUCAGGGAGCGACCUGGGCUUUCCAAGCCUCUCCCAGAGCAGCCUCUCUCUCACACAAGGCCAGAAGGCAGGUGGGGGCUGAUGGCUUUCCCAGCAGAAGGCCAAGGGUUGGGCCCCCAACAGCUCCGGAAAGCUCUCCACUGGACACCAGCAGGAACAGCACUGCAGACGGAACAGCAGGGGCAAAGACCCGAGGUGAUAGUGAGGGAGGCCUUGGGCCCAGCAAGUGCACUGCUGAGUGUGGGUGAGGAGGAGCCCCAGAGGUCCUGGAGGGAAACAACAGUCCCUGGCCUGGCGCCUGGAGCCGGGACCCGUGUGAGGCCCAUUGUUUGAGGCUGGAGCUGGUGGGGGCCACUGGGAAGCCCACGGCAAUGCCCUUCAUCCCACUUAUCGCAGCUCCAGAGUGCUGCGCGAGGAGUCGGGGACACAGCAGCGUCGGCGAGAUGAAGGUGCUCAGGACUCUCCUACUUGCCCUUUUGCUGUGCGGACAGCCAGGAAGAGGGCAGGCACAGCAGGAGGACGAGGACGAGGACGAGGACGAGGACCACAGGCCAGAUAACUACGACGAGGAAGAUGAGGACGAGGUGGAAGAGGAGGAGACCAACAGGCUCCCUGGUGGCAGGGGCAGAGUGCUGCUGUGGUGCUAUACCUGCCAGUCCCUGUCCAGGGACGAGCACUGCAACCUGACGCGGAGCUGCUCACAUGGCCAGGCUUGCACAACCCUCAUUGCCCACGGGAACACCGAGUCAGGCCUCCUGACCACCCACUCCGCGUGGUGUACAGACAACUGCCAACCCAUCACCAAGACGGUCGAGGGGACCCAGGUGACCACAACCUGCUGCCAGUUCAACCUGUGCAAUGUCCCACCCUGGCAGAGCUCCCGAGUCCAGGACCCACCAGGCAAGGGGGCAGGCGGCCCCCGCGGCAGCUGCGAAACUGCAGGCACAGCCCUCCUGCUCAACCUCCUCGCUGGCCUUGGAGCAAUGGGGGCCGGGAGACCCUGACCCGCGGCCCUCACCCCCACCCAACUCACCCCCCGCCCUGCCAGCACUCUGUUUGGUACCUUCCCCUCCUGCCCCUGCACCAGCUUUGGAGAAUGAAUUUGGAGCGUCUUGGGCGAUCCAGCCAGCACAGCCCCGCCGGCCCGGUUGCUUCCUCAGUUCCCGGCUUUGCCCUUGGUUUCCUCUCCCCACCGCCUGUGAGUGGCAGGACGUGGGCGCUGGGUCCAGACCUUGGCCACCACGCCCCAGGGCCUGCAAUCCUCAUGGGGGUUGGGGAUCCCCACCAGCACAGCCAGGCAGAGAUGACACCCACCCCAUGCCUGGGGGCCCCCACACCCAAUCCUCACCCUUAACUUCUGCCACAGGAAUUCCUCCAUCUGCAGCGGCCACAUCGGCCCGCCCUGCCUUUCCCCAGGUCGGCCUCCCGGCUGUCUGGAGGGAAGAGGCCUUGGAGGGAGGCUAUAGUCACCCCUAGGAAAGACGGGCCUGGGGGAGGCGGGAUAGUGGGGGAGGCGGGCUGAGGAUGAGAGGCACAGGGAGGCGGGUCGGGGUGAGGCCACAUGCAGAGGGGCAGUGCGGGGCUGGGGGACAGGCACCAAGUAUGGAGAGGAUGGGGCCAGCGGAGCCUGUCUGGCUAUGGCGUGAGCACUGCCUUGCAGCCUUGGAUGGGGAAGGGCCGGAUGCUGGGUGGGUGCCUGUCACCUUGAAGUGACCAUCAAGGGUCAGUACCUACUGGGCUUAGGACAGCACCUGAGGCUGGGAAUACCUGUCUCUGCUCUAGCAGAGGCUGGAGCAGGCUAGAGCAAUGGAGGAGUGAAGUUGAUGAAAGGAGAGGAGUAGAUGAGAUGAAAUUUUUCCAGCCUCAUCCUUGCCUGCCCUCUAGACUCCGGCCCCCAGGCCCUCAGCCUGGUGGGUGUCAUGGAGGAGUCUGGGGGUGUCAGACAGGCUACCCUGUGCUAGGGAGGGGGCAAAUGGGCCUUCAGCUUCCUGCAGAAGCAGCAGGACUGGGUAACAGAGCCGGGAAGGUGGGCGGCUCAUUAUUGGGGGGGGUCCCCAGGGUCCUCUGGCAGGGCUGGUGACUGCUCUAAGCCCUGCCUUCACCAGCAGCUGGUGCCAGGACAGAGCUCUGGGACAGCAGGCAGAGGCCCAGCCUGGGCCACAGCUCAGCCACUGACUUGGGUAUCAGUUUCCCCUUCUGAGAAGAACAGAGUGAGACUUAAAGAACCCCUAAUCCCCACCAGUUCAACACUCCAUGAACUGGGAAGCCCAGAGUCCUGUCCUGCCUGCCGAGUUCAUCCCGGCGGGCAGUGGGAGGCCUCCGCUAACUGUUCUCUCCUUUUCCUUAGUAAGAAAACCCACAAUGCCUAGCUGGGGGUCAGAAGGUAAAUGCCCUAGAUGGUGAGGUCACGUCUUUCUCCUUCCCCUUCCUCCUUCCUGCUGGCUGAAGUGAUGACUGGAGCUCAGCAACCACUUUGCACAAAACCACUUUGCACCAUGAGGCAGCACUGAGCACAGCAGGGCAGUGUGAUGAGAGGGGCCUGGCUUGCUGCUGACAGAAGGCACUGCCUACCUCAGGGUGCCCUUGUCUGGGAGGGAAAUAAAUGUCUGCUGUGUUGAAGCUA